CCAUUCCAUUAUCUCUAGUAUCGUGGAGUGCAGUGGUCAACGGCUGUCCAAAAUCUUACAUUCCGUGGUCACAACCCGCCUUUCUUUGUGGUACGCCAAAUGUUUGUACCGCGUGUUGUCGCGAUAAAUCUUGCCGAUCUUGUGGGCUUCCAAUCUUUGCCGCAUCUUAUCGACGGCGUUACCCACGUCUAAAGUCGAGGUUCAUUUAUUUCGUUCGAAGCUACCUACAGGCGGCGCUUACAUGGGAUUCUAAAUCUUGCGAAGCAUUCUUCUGUAAGUUCUGCGUAUAUACGUCGAGGAUGUCAGAAGGUUCGAACUGCGAAGGGUUAAACUGUGACAUGUUUCUGUUGCGGCCGGACCCGACACAAACGUCGGGUGUACCAAAGUAGUACUUCAAGUCCUAAUCAAUAUAUGGCCUUCUAUAGAUUAGGUGGAAAAGCCAGCGUAUGGGUCUUGUUGAUAUCGCAGAAUAUUUUGAAGCGCGUUCAAUGUCUAAUCUGGAUCAAGAUGUUUGAUGAUGAUGAACAGCGAAGGAAGUGCCCCCAUUGGCGAUUGCUUGCGUGGUGCAUGUAAAUGUUUCUCGAGGAAUCAAGUCAUUUGCUCCGUCCAGUUUAUCUAGCCAUGAGUUUAUCAUGAAGGCCACUCAGUGAUGUAAAAGUAUUGAGGUUCACCUAGUCGCUUUCGCGCGUUGAGCCAGUCUUCCCCCCAAUCACUUCACCGUCAUAUUUGCUUCACUCCUGGCAUUCAUUGCUUAUAGAACUCAUUCUCAUGUUUAAAAGUGACAUUUUACGGGUUACUUAAUGGCGGCUGCCCUGCGAAUUCAUGUUAAUAAUACCGCUUUUCAUUUGAGGGAUCAUGGCUCAGGUGUACGUGUAUGAAUCAUUGCGUUGCGCUUACAACGCUCGCCGCAUCCAGGGAAGGUUCAACGAGCGUAGAUAGCGGACGGACAACAUAAGUGGGUGGCAUUUGGGAGACGAGAGAAUCGACGGUUAAAAGCAGCCAUGUAUUCAGUCCUGUAUUAUUGAGAUAAGGUUUUGGGCUAUUCUGUAUUAGGAGUAGCGUGUUUCUCCAGUCAAUGGACCUGUAAACCAGCAAGAACAUUCAGGAGUUUGGUUCGUGAGUGGAAGGUGGAAUAAUAGAAAAACAACAAGUGCUUUCGAUUAAGUAAUCUUUUCUUCGUCUGCAAAGGAUCAUGGUGUAUUUCUGUUGGGGGCGCAGGUGUCUUCAGUCGCUACCGACUGGGCUGUGAUUGGUCGGUACCCAAUCUUAUGCGAUGACAGUGCAUAGCAUAGCCUCACUGCCUGUGAAAAUCUAUAUAACGGAGUUCCCAAAUAGCGAUCACGAGUGUUCAUCUCUCUUAAUAUGGCCCGCAAUUACACGGAGCUGUUGGACCCAUACUUCUUGCUCUUUGGUGGCUUCCUGGUGCUGGCGGGGCUUCCGAGGCUAUUUCUUCUGCCAUUCUCAAGCACAGAUGAACCUGAGUGUGAAGUCUUUUGCAUCAUUCAAUUCGCAAGUUCCGGUCUGGGCAUUCUCAUCUUAACCUUUUGGCACGCUUUCGGUGCCACGCCAUGGGUUUUCUGGCUGCUUCCGUUCUACGUGGUCCGAUCGCCUCGCGAACUGCAUCUGCCGCAGGGCUCUGAUACCCAGCCAUCAAUUGCGAAGCACUGCCUCUCGUGUGAACUUAUCCUUACAAAAUCUCGACUUCUGAAUGGCGCGGUUGGGAAUUUGACUCGUACUACCGAAAGGUACGAUUUUCAGCAGCAGUACCUCCGAAAACUUAAUGGGCUUCAAUCUACCUGUCAGAUGUGUACAAUACUGCUCGAAGGCUUCGAAAUUCCGAGCAGAGACUGCCGCUCAUACGGUACAUUUGACGAUUACAUCAGCAGUAGCCUGCACCUUCGGAUAUGGCAGCCAUUUCGGGAAGAAGGUGUUACAUACAUGCAGCUAUUUGUGCCUGAUCUCUUUGAUCGCUAUGGCCUUAAUCAUAUAAUCAUGCAGCUAUUUAGGGGGAAGAAGGGCAAGGCUACAGCCGUCAAAAUACACGAAGGCAAUCCUCAUCCGCGUGAUUCAAUUGAAACCCGAAUGCAGAGCACCGCUUCCCAGCAGGCCAUACAGAAAGCAAAAGCUUGGAUACGCACAUGCUCAAACUCUCACCAAGCAUGUGCUGUUUCAUCUCAAUUUUUACCCACACGUCUCGUACGAAUUUCAGAAGACGCAAUGACAUUUCAAGUUAUCUCAACCACGUCAAUGUGCAAGAAGCCGUAUGUAGCCUUGAGUCAUUGUUGGGGAGGCGAGAUAUCCGUCAAACUUACUCCCGAAACUCAUCACUCACUGUGUGACGGCUUCGAGGUAACCAAAUUACCAAGGAAUUUCCGAGAAGCAAUUAAAAUUACGAGGGAACUGGGGUACGAUUUCAUCUGGGUGGAUUCACUGUGCAUCAUUCAAGGAACAGACGAUUGGGAAAAGCAGUCUGCUAUGAUGGCCAGUGUAUAUGAGAACGCAAUCUUCACACUCGCAGCCACAGCGUCGGAUAAUAGUGAAGGAGGAUGUUUUCGCGAUCGCGACAAUUUCCUCCACUAUGAGUGUGUUCUGCUGACAUCCAACUCCCGGAGUUUGUUCAUCGCACCAGCGCUGAGGCAAAAUCAUGAUACCCUGACAACUGCAUUCCACGAAAAGGUAGACAUGGCUCCCCUCAAUUCACGAGCAUGGGUCUUUCAGGAAAGAAUGCUUUCGCCUCGCAUCCUACAUUGUGGCGAGGGAUUCCUACUUUUCGAGUGCAACACUCUACAAGCCACCGAAUUCAAUCCCAGUGGGAAACACUAUGUAAAGGAAUCCAAUUUUCAUGCAAAUGGUCGUGCCUACUCGGAAAGCGACUUGUUCAAGCGGGUGUCUCCAGAGGCCAGAUUUCGCGCGCGGGCGUCCCAGGUGGCUCAAUCCAUCCGAUCUCUGUCGUACAUCAAUGAGCUGCGACCCGAGGAUCUAGAGUUUAUAGCCGAUUGGAUAAUGUCGCGCUCAUCCACAUGGAUCACUGGAUCUCGCGAAGAGCUAAAUGAGCUGUGGGAUAUCAGUGGAAUCCUACCCUUCAAGGAGAAGAGCGAACUGCAAAGUGAUUGGCGAGCUCUCGCGUUGGAGCACUCUCAAAUAGAAAACGCCGAGAGAUCGAGAAAGCAGCUGAUUGCUAAUUCGGCGCGCACUGGCAUACGAGGGGCCCUGGAUAUGCUCUAUUCACUACGAAUCAGCGGCCGCACUCUUACAUUAUCCGAAAAACUAGAAGUACAUCGAAGAUGGUUCGAACUGGUCGUCGAAUACUCUAAGCGCAAUCUGACGAAAAGAACUGACAAACUCGUGGCAAUUUCUGGUCUUGCAAGACGCAUCGCGGACAAGAAUGGUAUGAAGUAUUAUGCCGGUCUGUGGCAAACCACAUUACUUCUGGACCUAAUGUGGAUGAGAGUACCCGAUACAGACCUCAAACAGCGACCGAAGGAAUACGUAGCCCCAUCAUGGUCAUGGGCUAGUAUAGACGUCAAGGUAGAGUCUAUACUCAGUCACCACAAUAUCGCAGCAGGAUCCGCGCGCUCAGAACAUAUCAGAUUCCAUGCAAAGAUUUUACAUGCUACGGCAGCUGAUUGUGGAAUGGAUUCGUCUGAUUCUUCGACCAUGAUAGAUGAAGGUUACAUCAAGCUGCAAGGCCCUAUGAAGAAUGUGUCUCUUACUGAAUUUCCCUUUGUUCUAGAUUUCGACAUGGAAGAUGAUCCUCAAGCAAACUACGUGUGCAUAGCCAUUUGUUCCCGCAAGAAUGGUUGGUUUGGAUGGUGGAUUGGCCUUUUAUUGGAAAUGAAACCUGGUACUUCCACUGGGAUGUAUAGUCGCCGUGGAAUUGUAUAUCAGCAGAGUCUUAUCUAUUCAUCGCCGGGAGAUUUCUGGAAAAUUGGGCACGCCGUCGUCGGUUGGUGA